GUCGAGAGAGUUCAAUCGUGGCUGGAUAAAGGGAGGGCAUCGCUCCUCUUUUCAUUUGCCCAGGUACUUUUAACACUCGACUCCAGCCGUACGCUCGCUCUCUUGGAAAAUAUAAUUUUUAAUUUACCAACUACAAAGUUUUUACCCCAAAGUGCAAUGAUAACAUAUAAAAUAUACUCAAGUUCUUAAAACCAAGAAGCCAUGGCAUUGAUUUCAAUUACCAAAUCUCAGACCAAUUUUGGUGAAGGAGAUUCUGAAGAGGACAACAACAUGCCCCCAAAUCGUGGCGUACUUGCGAAGCGUGCCAAACAAGUAAAAAAGAAGGCAGGUCUGCCGAUAAAAAAAGCACCACCACCUCCUAAAAUCGGACGAAAGAAAGUGGGUGUGCUUGUUCGCUCGGCAGGUGGAAGACUCUACUAUCCAAAUAGUGGACGACAGUUAAGCAGCGAGUCAGAAUAUGAAAAUAGCGAGUCGUCAACAUGUAGCAGUAGUGGAUCAUCAACAAGUGUGAGCUCGGCCACCGACAGGGAGGAAGACCAAGAAUCUGAUUCUUCCAAUACCGAGAUGGAAAGCGUGGAACAAGGAAAAGGACAAGAAAAUCGGAUUGAUAAUAGUGACGAUAACUCCAUCACCAACACAUAUAAUGAUGAUCUUAACAACAACAAGGUCGCGACAAAAGAGACAGAGGGAGACGAUGAUGGGGAAGAAGUUGAAAUAAGUGAGACCGAAGAACACGAAGCCUCAGUUACCUCGGAAGAAGAAGAAGAAAUCGAAGAGGAAGUUGAAGAGCAAGAAUCGCCUGGAGAUUAUAGGAAGGGCGGUUAUCACGUAGUUAAAAUUGGCGACGUGUACAACAAGCGCUACCAAGUUAUUAGAAAACUGGGAUGGGGACAUUUCUCAACAGUUUGGCUGUGUUCGGACAGUGUCGCGAAGGCGAAAGGACUUUCAGAGUAUGUGGCGUUGAAGGUAGUCAAGAGUGAAGAUACGUACACGGAAAGUGCCGAGGAUGAAAUUAAACUGUUAAGAAAAAUCAACCAAGCUGACCCUGCUGAUCCAAACAGGGAUAAAAUUGUUCAACUUUUAGAUGACUUCAAAGUGGGUGGGAUGCAUGGGACACACGUCUGCAUGGUCAUGGAAGCAGUCGGCCCCAAUCUCCUCAAAUUAAUCACCACGUCAAACUAUAAAGGGAUCCCAAUUAUGAAUGUGCGUUCCAUCAUUCGUCAAAUUUUGGAGGGGGCAGACUACCUCCACACCAAGAGUCUCAUUAUUCAUACUGACCUCAAGCCGGAAAAUAUUCUUGUACAAGGUGACCAAGAAGAUUUAAAACAUCUUCACGACGAAGCUCGUUACUGGGAAAAACAUGGAUUGUCAUACAGUCCAGAUUCUCUCUGCAAUCUUCCACCCGACUUUAAUACUCAUCCUACAAAGCCACUCUCAAAGAAUAUGAAGAAGAAAUUAAAAAAGAAAGCUAAAAAACAGAAUGAAGAAUCAAUGUCGGGAAAAGAAACGACAAAUUCGGAAGAAUUGCCUACUUCUUCUACUAGUGGUGAAGGUGCAGGUGGCGAUAAUCCGAAUGCCAUGGACCCUGCGUCCUCUGAAGGAGAAUCGGCAUCAGAAGCUCCACCCAUCCCACCCUCCCUCUCAAAGCCUAACCCUGCCAAAGAAGUUUGUGACUUUGUGGUCAAAAUUGCAGACUUUGGCAAUGCUUGCCCCACUAGUCACCACUAUACUGACGACAUUCAAACCCGACAGUACCGCAGUGUGGAAGUGAUUCUGGGUAACAAGUACAACACUUCGGCCGAUAUUUGGAGCAUCGCUUGUAUCGCAUUCGAACUUGCAACGGGCGACUUUCUCUUUGAACCUCAUGCUUGCAAAAAUUUAAGCUACUCCAGGGAUGAAGAUCACCUCGCCUUGAUGCAGGAACUAUUGGGACUCAUUCCCAAGAAGAUGGCCCUCUCAGGAAAGUAUUCCAAGGACUUUUUCGACUCGAAAGGAAAAAUGAAGAAUGUCAAGAAUUAUAAGCCUUGGAAGUUGGAAAAUAUUUUAAUUGAAAAGUAUUUCUGGGAUGACCAAUCAGCAAAAGAAUUUGCAUCAUUUAUUGAACCCAUGUUGAAGUUUGAUGUCAACAAGAGGGCCACGGCCAAACAAUGUUUGAACCAUCCGUGGAUCAAGGCGACGAAUGACAUCAUCUAUUGGAACAAAAUUGAGGAGGAGGAUGAAGAGGAAGUUGACGGAGGUGACGACGAUGGAGAACAAUAGCAGGAGGGUAAUGAUCACUAAGAUUUCCUAAAAAACUUGUAACUCGCGUUAUCGUCGCAGCUAUUUGUUUGUAGGUCACAAAAUUUGAAAUGAACUACAUAUUUUAUUUGGAUAUACAUAUGUACAAACUAACUCUCACAAAAAAAUAAAUUGCUUUAAUUUGACUCUUUCUUUACAUA